CUCGAUUGAGGGGGAGAGGACACCUAAUAACCACUGCCCAACUAAUUUAAAUUUUGGACAGACCUUUCAAUUUAAAAUGACACCAUAUAUAUAGGUCCCAAUCCAAAUACAAGCACAGCACACCCAAUCUAAAGCUUUCUUCUUCAAUUCAAUUUUACUUCUCAGAAAUGGAGUGGACCAGAGGGCACACCAUAGGCCACGGCGCAACCGCCACUGUGUCGAUAGCCAUUUCGGGGUCAGGUGACUCAUAUGCUGUCAAAUCAGCAUAUCUAUCGAAAUCCGAGUUCUUGCAAAGGGAGCAAAAGAUUCUGUCCUCUUUGAAUAGUCCUUUUGUAGUUGAGUACAUAGGGUAUGACAUUACUCGACACAACAAUACAAUCAUGUUCGAUUUGAUUAUGGAAUAUGUUCGUAAUGGUACGCUUGUGGACGUCAUUCACAAGUGCGGUGGCCGGCUGGAUGAAUCCAUGAUCAUUCACUACACACGCCAAAUUGUUCAAGGAUUGGAAUAUCUCCAUUCAACUGGUAUAGCGCACUGUGAUAUCAAGGGGAGAAACAUUCUGAUUGGAGAAGAUGGUCUUAAAAUUUCAGAUUUUGGUUGUGCCAAGAGGAUAAAAAAUCUGGUGGAAGGUAUAAGGGAUGAUCGAGAAGCAUCGAUAGGAGGGACACCGGCGUUCAUGGCACCAGAAGUUGCAAAAGGGGAGGAGCAGGGAUUUCCAGCUGAUAUUUGGGCAUUAGGAUGCACGAUUAUUGAAAUGGCCACAGGCGGUUCGCCUUGGCCUAAUCUUAGCCAUCCAUCAUCACUACUUUUUCGAAUUGCCUUGUCGGAAGAGUUACCGGAGUUUCCAGCGUUCCUUUCGGACAAAGCAAAAGAUUUCUUGAGCAAGUGCUUAAGAAGAGAUCCAAAACAGCGAUGGACGGCUGAACAACUCGUUAAGCAUCCAUUUCUUGAGGAAUUAUCCAAUGCAAAGGAAUUAACAGAUGAUACAGCCUGCUCGCCAACUAGUAUUCUUGAUCAAGGCAUUUGGAGCUUCAUAGAUGAAUCAGAAACCUCAUACCAUCGGAGCCAAACAGAUGGUACCUUAAAUUCUCCAAACCGAAGGUUGAAGCAGUUGUCAAUGAGUUCAGGAUUAAUGGCUCACUGGAAUACGGAAGACAGUUGGAUAACAGUUAGAAACGGUGAAGAUAACAAUAUUAGGCCAGUUCAGUGACAGAUAACGAUAAACAAUAGUUGUCAGAUAGUAAGGUAGUAAUUUUCUGCAUAGAGAACACACCGUUGUACAGAUUUCAUUUUCAAUUUUGAUUUGAGACACAUAUAGUUGGUAUAUAA